AUGUCGCUCCACUCCACCCCCAUCAAGCUGCACAAAGUCAGCGUCGUCGUCCAUGGCCAGGCAUUCAUCGACGUCCGCCCCUCAUCUUCGUACUUUGAGAUCAAGCAGGACACAUCUCUGCCCUGGUCCACCUUUUACGACUCGCUCAAAAAGAGGGUGCUGGCCGACCAUCGCUCCUCGAGCGGCAAGCCCUCCGACCAGCUCGAUGUCUUCGUCAGGCCCAGCCGUCCCAUCCAGGGCUACUUCUCCUACUGGGGCGCCAAGUCUCACCCUCCCCUCGAGUGGCGAAGGGACGAGGUACUCUACGUCCAGAUCUGGGCCGCCGGCGACGUCGCCAGCCCAAGCCACACCUACUCACACGGCGCCCGCCACGACAAGGUCAAGCUCGCCAUCGACCUCUACAGGCCCUCGACCCAGGCCGGCGGCGGCGCGCAGGUGUCGCGCUUCCACGUGGACCUAGCCACGGACCAGUGCAUCCGAGCGUUCCGCAGGAACCUCAACGCCGAGCUCAAGAAACGCGCGGGCAUGGCGACCUCGGAACAGGUCACGGUGUCCUUUGCCGUCCCCAUCGGCGACAAGGGACCUGGCGAGCUGGUCUCUGAUGGCAGCCGAAAGUCCAAAGACCUCUUCGAGGCGCGCGUUCAUGCAUGCAUCAUCAACGGCUACGCGCUCCAUGCCCAGCUCCGCAGCAGGAAGCCGCUCGACGCAUCGCUCGGCGCACCUGCCCAGGCCUCCGUCAAGGCCCCAAAGGAGGCUCCAAAGGAGGCCCCAAAGGAGGCCGCCUCCUCUCAGCAUGGUAGUACCGCCCAAAAGCAGCCCCAGGUCGAAGGCAAGACCAAGACCAAGACCAGCUCGCACGCCAGCGGUGGUGCCACCAAGGACACCAGCUCUACGAGGGUCCCCGACGACAAGACGGCCACGACCAUCGCGACGUCUUUCACCGGCGGCAAGGUCGCAUCGUCCAGCCCGACGAGCCAGGCCGCGCCUCCCGGCUCGGCCGGGCAAGGUCGCGCACCGGGAAGCGUCCCCUUGAACCGUUUUGCUGAGCUGCUCGCCAUCCUCAACGGCCAAAACGUCCUGCCGCCCAAGGAGGGCCAGAAGUCGGUACAGGCGACAAACCGCCCUCUGUCGGACCUGGUGUCUGAAAUGAAGGCGCACCUCCAAAGCCCAGGCGGCUCGUUCAAUCCUGCGCCUAAGCCAGCUCACACAACCGGCAGUGCUCCUCUGGAUCCCUUGGCUGAGAUGCAGGCGGCCCUCAACCGCCUGCGCUCCUCGUACAAGAAAGACAUGGCUCCGGCCCAGACGACGACAGCGCCUUCGGUGCACAUCAGCAAGCCAAAGGAGCCAGCCUCGAGCCUCUUCCCCUUGCCACCCCUGAACUUGAAGCCGUCUCUGACAGCGGCGGGCGCUCCCACAUGCGCCAGCAAGCCCUUGCCGACGUUCAAGUUUGGGAGCGCGGCGCCAGAUCAGCCAAUCCUUGCUUGCAAACCGGCGGAGCUGGCGGUGGGAUCGGCACCCGAGUGGUUCGGUCGGGACGAGGGGAGCUUGCACGUCGCCCCUACGGACCCCAAGCGGGAGUCGGCCUCGGAGGGGUCGGCAAUCUCCGUUUCGGGCUCGUACCCUGCCCCUGCCCCUGCCCCUGCCCCUGCCCCGUCGUCUGCUCCCUCCAUUGCUCCCGCUAUUGGGGCAGACAUCGCCCACUGCCACGAGACCUGCAGAUGCGAGAGAGCCCGGGACGCAGUCAAGGCGAUGCUCGGCACCUUCCUGGGCGACCUCAACGCUCUCCUCGCACAAAACUUUGGCGACACCUUUGGCGAGGUCGACAAUACGCCUCCCGGUGCCGUCCACGAGCACGCGUCGAGCAAGCAGGGCACCGUGAGCGCCGGCGCAAAGGCUGGCGAGCCGUCGCCCAGAAAGGAAGCUGCAGCCCAUCACCAGGACAGCUCCUGCGACGCCGAAGCCGGCGCCAAGGAUCCGGAAAUCCACCAUGCGGCCGCGGUCAAGCACACGGCCAUCUGCGACCUCUGCCAGGCAACCAUCUACGGAGUCCGCUACAAGUGCCUCGACUGCCCCGACUGGGACUGCUGCGGAGCGUGCCAUGCAGAGACUGCCGCCAAGCACCCGGACCACCGCUUCGUCCGCAUCACUGACCCGGCCAGCAUCUCGUCGUCCACCGCCGCUAUGCUGCCGUGCCACCGCGCGAUCCGCUGCGAUGGCUGCGAUGGUCCCGUUUUCGGCCCGCGCUUCAAGUGCUGUGCCUGCCCCGACUUUGAUUACUGCAGGCAGUGCGAGGCGCUCCCAACGCAGGAUCACGCCCAACGCCACGGACCUGAGCACCUCUUCGUCAAGAUCGACCGUCCCAUCAGUUCGGCCGCCGUCGUCAAGGCCGUUGCGACGGCCAAGCAGCACCUUUCGACGAUCCAACGCGACUCAUCGGCUGGACUGGCCACUUGCCCUCAGGAAAUCGUCGCCUCGGACGAGAAGAAGGCCAACUCCGAGGCCACGGCGAAGCCGGCGCUUGCGUCGACAGGGGAGGCGGUGAGAAAGGAAGAGGUGACGGCUGCGACCGCACCGCGCUCCGAAGACUCGGCUUGCAGGGGGUCCAAGUCUCGCACCGGUCGCGUCAGGCUCGAGCCCCUGGACCCCAAGGCCCUCCGCGACAUGGUUCGCAGCCUGGUUGCCACCGCCAUGGAGGACCAGAAGCGGGUCAAGCAAGGCAAAAAGAACGGCGGGCGCCGCGAUGAAGACCACGACGAUCGCGACGACAGUCAGGGCGGUUGCAGCAAUGCGGUGGAUGCAGGCACAGCAAACGGUGGCACGAGGGUCGCCAGGAGUCGUGCCAAGAAAACCAAGGUGGCGCGCAGCCCCAACUCUGGCAGCUACCACGGCGGCAACGUCGGCAAGACUGCAUCCGCGCUCGAGUUCGAGGGCCCUCUCACUUGGCAUCCGAGCUUCCUUAGCGACGAGCUCCAGUCGGCAGCCAAGAAGACUGAGGAGCUGAUUGCCAAGAUCAAGGAGAUGACCGCCAACGCGGCUCCUGUCAAGCCGUCUUCCCCCGUCGACGCGGCCGUCGACUCGGCCGUCGACUCGGCCGGUGUCGACCGCGACGGCACGGACGCGACGGUGCCGGAGGCGGCCAGCGAGUCUAGCGGGUGCUCUGCGGCUGCACCUGCUGAGGCGGCGAUCUCUGCUUCCCGCGAUGCCGUGGGCUCACCUGGCAAGCCCGGCGCUGGUUCGGAAGAUGAGCGGAACGAGGGUCAGGCUGUGCCCGGAACGACGUUCACCUUCAGGGCCGACACGCCUUCAUCCCAGCCCGGGUCGAGUCCUCUGCACGCGGCUCUCGCUGCCGCGGAUGCGGGCUUGCCCAGCAAGCCCGCCCCGAUGAAGCCGAAGCUCAAGGAGCUGGACGCUGCAUUCGUGCGCGACAUCAGCUUCCCCGACGGUUCGGCGGUGGCUGCAGGCUCGCGCUUCGACAAGGUGUGGCUGAUCCGCAACACGGGCUCCCAGCCCUGGCCCAAGGACGUCGGCCUCAAGCUGAUUAGCACCUGCGGCAGGUCGCUCUUUGAUGGCACCAGGUCCAGACUUGAGCCGAUCGGCGCCGACUUUGACGGGCGCCUUGUCAAGCCGGGCGAGGAAGUCGAGGUUUGCUGCGCCGACCUCCGUGCGCCCGACGAGGCUGGAAAGGUGCAGGUGUUCUGGAGGCUGGCCACUCCCGGCCGCGUGCCUUCGCAGCCCGACGCGUCGUUCGGAGAGCAGCUGUGGGUGGCGGUCAAUGUGGUCGACCCGAUGGCGGCGGCCUCGCUCGCGGGCAAAGACGUUGCGGACGUGGAGCCCCCGUCGCUCGUGGGCAGCGGUCACGGGGCUGGACCUGGGUCGCUGCCAUCGCUGUCUGGCUCGAGCAUCCUGCACGCGCCCAAGGCGCCCGAGUCGGUGCGCAGCGAGGCGCCCUCGCAAGCGGACGCCGCCGAGGAUGCCGGCAACGGACCGGCGUUGAACGGCGCGGCCUUCCCUCGCAGCGACACACUGCCGAGCGUUAGCGACGCCACAUUCGACGGUUCCAGCGACGCACGCCACCACGAUGCAGCCGACAACGACGACGACGGCUCGCUCAUCUACAGCUGCGACGAGAUCGAGCAGCCCACCGACAGCGAGAGCGACGACGGAUUCGAGAUGGUGCAGAGAGGCAUCGACACCGACGACUAG